AAUCGUUAACUGUCAAAUUGGCAUUUACGCGUUUACCCAUAUAAACGAACCAAGUUAAUGUUACAUUUUAACAGAGAUUUUCUCCUCUCUCCAGUAUUUUUCUGCUCGGUAGUUGGUACAUAUGCUAGAAUGCUCCAUGAACUUUAAUUUUCAAAUUCCAUUCUAAUAAAUUUCUUCUUCCUUCUUUGAAUUUGGUCUAAAAGUUAAGCUGAAAUUUUCACCGAGUUCAAUCAUAUAGUUGUAGUUUCUCACCUGAAAAAAUGUCCAGGCGAAAUUUAUCCAGUGUCUUCAAAAAUCAAGUCCAUAAUCUAAAAUCUAAUCAAGAAAUUACUAAACAUAUUUCCCAAUAUUUAAUCUCCUCAAACUUCACAAACUUUCAUAAAUCACCUAUUUUUGGCAAUGUCAAUUCACAGAUAACCCAAAUUGUUCUGUCAAACCCACUUGUCCCUGUUACUUCUUGCUUAAGAUUCUUUGAUUUUCUGCGGAAUUUGCCUUCUUCAUCUUCUCAGAAACCUGAUCUUCGAGCUUACAUUACCCUCAUUUUUAGAUUGUUAGAUGCUCGAAAAUUCGCUGUUGCGAAAAAUUUGUUGAAUUCUGUGUCUGUUGAUUAUAAUCUUCGAUGCCCAGUGUCAGAUAUGGUGUCUAUAGUGGAAGAAUGUGGUAGUAAGAGUGAGAAAUUAGCUAAAUGUUUUGAUCUUUUGAUGAGAGUUCAUGCGGAUAAUCAGCAGUUUGAUGAUGCCUUUAAGGUGUUUGAUUAUAUGACUGAGAGAGGGUUCGAAAUUGAGGAGAGGAGUUGUAUGGUUUUCUUGGUUUCUCUUAAGAAAUCUGGGGAAUUUGAUUCAUUGAUUAGGUUUUUUACUAAGAUGGUUGAUUCUGGUGUCGAAAUAACUGUGUAUUCGAUGUCGCUUGUGAUCGAUUGUCUAUGUAAGAGAGGAGAGAUUGAUAAGGCUAAACAGUUGAUAGAUGAAAUGGGUAGGAGAGGAAUAGAGCAGAAUUCAUAUCCGUAUAAUUCGUUGAUAGUUUAUUUUAUAAGGAAACAAGAUUUUCGGGAAGUUGAUGAAGUGAUUAGGCUAAUGGAGAAGGUGAAUGUGGAGCCUAAUGUAGGUACCUAUACACUUGUGAUCGAUGGAUACGCGAAUAAUGGGAAGAUUGAAGAAGCAGAAAAUAUGUACCAGAAAAUGUGUGAGCGAGGUGUGAAGGCAGAUAUGCAUCUAUAUACAGUGAUGAUCAAUUUGUGUUGUAUGAAACAAGACAUGAAGAAGGCUUGCCAUCUUUUCGAUGAAAUGAUAGAGAAAGGUCUUUGCCCGAAUACUCACACUUACGGUGCUAUGAUACAUGGGUUAUGUAAGGCUGGGCACUUGGACGCUGCAGAGAUGCUUGUGAAGGAGAUGCAAACUGAAGGACUUGAGAUGAAUCGUGUGAUUUAUAAUACUUUGUUAGAUGGCUAUUGCAGAAAGGGAAGAAUGGAUGAAGCACUGCGGCUGAAAGAUUCCAUGGAGAAAAAAGGAUUAAUGGCCGAUGCAUAUGUGUAUAACAUUAUGGCAAGUGGGUUGCACAAGUUGAAUCGAAAUGAGGAGGCAAAGACAUUCCUGUACUCAAUGUUAGAGAAAGGGUUGUCACUGAACACCAUCAGUUAUACUACUUUGAUCGACAUACAUUGUAAGGAAGGUAAAUUUGCCGAAGCCAGGAGGCUCUUUAAAGAGAUGGAGAAAAAGGGGGAAGGUCCUAAUGUUGUCACAUAUAACGCUUUGAUUGAUGGAUACUGUAAGAAAGGUAGGAUGAAGGAGGCUCAUGAACUGAAAAACGAGAUGGAGGAAAGGGGUGUAUCGCCUGAUGUAUACUCGUACACAUCAAUAAUACAUGGUGAAUGUAUAAAUGGAAAGAUGGAUUAUGCACUGAAAUUGUUCAAUGAAAUGUCUAGUAGGGAGUUAGUUCCAAAUGUAGUUACUUAUACAGCAGUGAUUGCAGGUUUGUCAAAGGCCGGAAAAUCAGAUGAAGCUUUCAAAUUAUUUGAUCAAAUGAUAGAAGCAGGCCUUAUUCCAGACAGUACAGUAUAUACUUCACUCGUGGGAAGCCUUCAUUCAAGCUGAAGCCUAGGUCAAAUUUUUACUGAACUUGGAAAUUUUGGUAGGAUUCACACUCAUUUUGUUGUGAUUCUAGGAACUUAACCUUUUCAUAUCUAUUGUAGUUUUAAUUUUUUAUUUUUGACAAAAAAUAUCUAUUGUAUUAGUACACCCUUUCCCUAUAAUAUAAAAUGUGUCAUUUGUACUCUUGUUAUAUCUCUCUUACAAUG